UGAGCAAGAACUGGACCUUUCUGGUGGACAGGGUUGUACGUUAGGAGAAAAGGGCUUUUGUUCUUAAAAUGUUCUUCCACACACUCGCAAGAUGUGGAAAAGGUUGACAAAAAUCUCUAUAGAAGUUUGCUUAAACUCUCUAAAUAGCCAUGAAUGAGAUUAUCAGAUAGACAAGGAAAGCUUUUAAGAGAAAGAGAAAUUAAGAGAUGGGAGAAGAAAACAAAGUGAUACUACACGGGGUGUGGGCUAGCCCUUUCAGCAAGAGAGUGGAACUGGCUCUGAAGCUUAAAGGCAUACCUUUUGAGUACGUUGAAGAAGAUUUGCAGAACAAAAGCCCACAGCUCCUCCGGUGCAAUCCUGUUCACAAGAAGAUUCCUGUUCUUGUUCAUAAUGGAAAGCCAAUUGCUGAAUCGCUCGUCAUCCUGGAAUAUAUUGAUGAAACCUGGAAGAACAGCCCUCGUCUCCUGCCCAAGGAUCCAUAUAAAAGAGCCAAAGUUCGGUUCUGGACCAGCUUUGUCCAGCAACAGCUGUUUGAUACAAUGUUCACAGUGACCAAAACAGAAGGAGAAGCACAAAGGAAAGCGGUCAAGGAAGUUUCAGAAAAAUUGCAGGUGCUAGAAGAGGGAAUAAAAGAGUUGUUUCCAAAUGGCAAUCCCUGCAUUGAUAGCCAGAAUAUUGGACUCCUUGACAUUGUAAUCUUAUCAUUACUUGGCCCCCACAAAGUUCAAGAAGAAGUUCUUGGCAUAAAGAUCAUCGAUCCAGAGAAGACUCCAUUGAUAUUCGCAUGGCUGACAGCUAUAAACCAGCUGACUGUAGUGAAAGAGGCGACUCCACCUCAUGACAAGUUGGUGGCGCUUCUUAAAUUUCUUAGAGAGAAUUCCCUCAAGUCUUCAGCUUAGUAUCAUAUGGUGUUUUCUUGAUGUUAUUAGGCAUUGUCUAGCUUUAAGUUCCUUUCAUAUGCCUCAAAUAAGCAGCAGUCAAGGCCAUAUCAUCUUUGUGGUUAGAUUGUUUGAUACUUGAUAAAUUUGGUUGGAAUAUUUUUAUCAUUUAUUCAGGAUGAAUUUUCAUCAUAAUAUU